CCGCCUGGUGGUGUCGCCUCACCUGUGUGUCCUGCACCCAGGGAGCAGUCCCUUUCUGCCCUGGUCGUGGGACGACUGCCAAUCCCUCUUUUGGCCCUGCAAGACUCUGGCCACGUGUCCAGAGGGGCGUUGUGUUCAGUGGGACCCUCCAAAGGUCUUGCUUAGAAUGAAUGUGAUUUGGAGAAAUUGCGUUUGCUGUCUGAGGCAAGGGAAGGUACCACACAGAUGCCAGAGUGGCAUCCGCCCGGUAGCCCCUCUAGGGUCAAGGAUUUUAACUGACCCCGCCAAAGUUUUUGAACACAACAUGUGGGAUCACAUGCAGUGGUCUAAAGAAGAAGAAGACGCAGCUAGAAAAAAGGUAGAGGAAAACUCAGCCACACGAGUCGCUCCAGAAGAGCAAGUUAAGUUUGAAAGUGACGCUAACAAAUACUGGGACACAUUUUACCAGACCCAUAAGAAUAAGUUUUUCAAGAAUCGUAAUUGGCUGUUGAGGGAAUUUCCUGAAAUCCUUCCUGUUAAUCAAAACACUAAAGAGAAAGUGGGAGAAUCAUCCUGGGACCAAGACAGAAGCAGCAUCUCAAGAACGGAAGGAACAGAAGCCCAUUGUCACGAGAGUUGUGUCUCGUCAGAACCUGGAAGCAGGGGAAGGUCUGCUCCUAACCCCGACUUGGAGGCAAACAGCAAAGGGCCUGGGAAGACAGAGCCGUUUCCUGGUAGCAGUGCCACUUUUCGAAUACUAGAGGUUGGCUGUGGUGCUGGAAAUAGCGUGUUUCCAAUCCUGAACACCUUGCAGAACAUUCCGGGGUCCUUUCUUUACUGCUGCGACUUCGCCUCUGAAGCCGUGGAACUUGUAAAGUCACAUGAGUCCUACAGCGAGGCCCACUGUUCUGCUUUUAUUCAUGACGUGUGUGACGAUGGCUUAGCCUACCCUUUCCCAGAUGGGAUCCUGGAUGUCGUUCUCCUUGUCUUUGUACUCUCUUCUAUUCACCCUGACAGGAUGCAAUCUGUUGUCCGCCGACUGUCCAGGUUGCUGAAGCCCGGAGGGAUGCUACUGUUUCGGGAUCAUGGAAGAUACGAUAACGCUCAGCUUCGUUUUAAGAAAGGGCGUUGUUUAUCUGAAAACUUUUAUGUCCGAGGAGAUGGUCCAGAGCCUAUUUCUUUACAAAAGGGGAAAUCCACCGUAUGUUCUGUGAGGCCGGAUUACAUGAAAAGCAAAAUCUGGUUGAUCAUCGCUUGCAAGUUAAUAGGAAAAAGCAAGUGCAAAUGCACCGAGUGUGGAUUCAAGGAAAAUUCCAGAAACCAUCAUCCCCCUGAACUCCACGGAGUGGAAAUUAGCAUUCACCGCAUUCUCGGGACUGAACUAUGCGUCACAUUAAAGUACGAAACCAGGGCCUGAUACUGUUCAAAGGGUUCUUUCCCAAAGGUGAGCAGCAGAGCAUCUGCAGCUUUGCUGCUCUGCUGUCAGUGCUCUUGGGACAUUUUAAGAACACGGACGUGACUUGAAAGAGUCUCCCACCCUCUGGGUUUUCAGAACUUGAAAUGUAUGUUUGGUUUUGUUUCGUCUAACCAUGUUCCCUUGAAUUGUAUGACUGUGAAAAAGCUGAUAUAAGGCAUAUCGUUUCGAGAAAUGUAACUCAUCCAUGUUUCAAAAGUGGAAAAAUGAUCUACUUUAUUGUUGGGUGUGGUAAAGCAGUCAAACUGCCCUCUGCUGUCAGCCAGUAGCAGUGGCAUAGUGUGCUGUGUUCUUAGGGGACUCAGGAUGAAGGGUUACUGUAUUUUGUUUUGUUCUUAUCUAUUUUCUCUCAAACCACCACCACCACCACACACUAGCAUGUAAAAUACAACUCUAGUUUCUCUUUCCAAAAAAAUGGGGAAGUGUGGCCCUUGUUAACAUCACUUCCGGGCUAUUCUUAGAUAUGCAGAUCAUCUUUGAGACACUGUCUGUGCUGUGGUGGCCAGUUUUAAUUGUCAACUUAACACACUCUAGAACCACCCAGGAAGAGUCUCAGUUUGUCAGUCGUCUGUGAGAGUUUGUCUUGAUUGUGUUAAUUAAUGUGGGAAGACCUGUCUACUAUGGGCAGUACCAUUCCCUGGAGGUUGGACCCUGAACCGAGUAGUGUGGGAGAAGUGAGCUGAGCCCUGGCACACCUGUAUUCAUGCUCACUCUUCUCUUGACCAUGGGUGUGACCAGCUGCUUCAAGUUCCUGCCUCCUUGACUUCCUGAUGUAACUGGGUGGAUUGUUAACUUGGAGUUGUGAGCUAAGACAAACCUUUUCUUCCAUAAGUUGCUUUUGUUGGAUUUUGUUUUGUUUUGUUUUGUUUUUAUGUGCAUGGGGUUUGCCUGAAUGUAUGUCUAGGCACCAUGCACAUGCCUAGUACCUGCAGAGGCCAUUGGUAUCUCUGCCUGCAGAGAGCAUCGGAUCCUAAUCUGAGUUAUAGGUGUUUGUGAGCCUGUUGUAUGACAGACUUUUCCUGAGAAGAGGCAAUAUACACUGUCUACUCACCCACAAUAGGGAGUCCAUGACAGAACAAAGUAUGGAUACCACUAAAGUUCAAUUUAGUGAACCAGUGAGUUUUAUUAGGGUCAUUUACAAAAAUAUGGAUAAGGGGUUGCUUACAGGAGUAGAAAUGACUCAAAGACAGCUGCAUCACCAAAGUCAACCCCAGCAUGGGUGACAGCUCACAAAAACUGGGAACCAGGAGCACACGCACCCUGCAGGCUGCUCAACAUACUGGAGAGUGCCCUCUCCAGGUGCCUCAGUUCUAAGCCUCUUCCAGCAGCUGGUCUCUGCUUCUUGGCAUCUUGACUUGUCUGAAAGUGGUGUUUACUAUUUAUUCUUGGGAAGGAGGUCCCUAGUGAAUUUAGUCAAUUUUAGGGACUUCCUGAAGCUGUUUUGAGUUAUUUACUUUUUGUCUUAACCCUGGGAGCUAGAAUGCUUCAAUCUGGAAGGAAACCACUAUACAACAAAGCUGUCACAUGGGGACUGGGAGCUUCUUCUGGAUGAGCAGCCAGUAAUCUUAACCCCUUAGCCAUCUUGCCAGCCUCACU